UCAUCACACAACUAUAGAUUCAGCUUCUAUUUUUCUCAAGAGUAAAACAACUAAAACAAGAAAAAGCUCCAUUUUAUUCAUUCAUUUAUUUAUUCCAUUUUACUUCUACAUAAGUAAUAUGCAAAAAUCUGUUGCAUUGAUACUCUCGUUAAACUUUCUUCUACUAAUGGUGUUACACGUUCCGACAAACGAAGCUUUUAGGCUUUUACCAAAAGAGCGUCUUGGCAAUUUACAGUUUCUACAAAGAGGUGAAGUCACUCCUUCCAAUCCUUCUAGCUGCACAAAUAUCCCCGGCGGCCACGGUCCGCCAUGCCCUGUCCAAGAAGAACGUCAUUUUGCUGGUCGCGCCUCAGUGCUACGACAAUGACGAGGAUUUACUCACAUCACACAACCAUGCUCACGGUCACAUCUCCUCGUAAUUUAGUGAUUAAGUGACGACGUACAUAUAGACUAUUGUUAGUAAACUCAACUCCCACGCCCUCUCCUCUAUUUUUUUUUACUUUGUUAUUUUUUUUAUUGAAUAUUCAUUUUUUAAAUCUUUGAAUUGUAAGUACAAAUGUUAAUUUGAUUGUGGUUAGAUUGGAAGAAUAAGAGAAAUAUUAC